UUGCUUGGAGGGUUUUUGUUCUCUGACACGAGUGGGGCAAGAAUACGAUUGUACUUUUUGGAGGUCUUGCAGGGUGACUUGGCUUUAGCCCGUCGCUGGAGUUGGGGAUCAGCGGUUCUCGGGUACCUCUACCAUGACUUGUGCAACGGCGCGAUGUGGGAAACCAAACAAGUUGGCGGUUGUAUGCACUUGUUACAGAUUUGGGCUUGGUCGAGCUUUUCGAUGGUCCGUCCCUCAGCACUUCAGGUCAUUCAACAUGGCCAUCUUCCAUAUGGGUGCAAGUGGAUCGUCCCCAAGUCGUAUAAGGGAUCCCCAAGACAUUGCAUACGCUUGUACCGGGAUGACCUAGACCGCAUGACUGAGAGUCAGAACCCUUCUCACAAUGUGCCCACGACAGGCUACACCCCGACAGCACACGAUUGGGGUAUUGUG